AUGUUCCGCUUCUUUUCCAACGCCCCACGCGAGGAGCCUCAGCCUCAAGACGAAGAGCCGGCGACCGACGCCGUCGCACCAGCGCAGCAGGCGUACCCAGAGCCGCCGCGCAGCCCGCGGCUGCAAGUCGAGCACUCGCGGCGGCUAGAAGAAGAGCUAGCGAUCCUACGAGCAGACCUAGCAGACCAGCGGGCGGCGUACGAGGCCAAAUUGUCGGACCAGCGGGCCAAGCUGACGGCGAAGCUGGCGUCGCAGCGCGACAAGUACGAGUCCAAGACGGCGCGGCUGGCGGAGCGCAACGAGUGGCUCGAGGGCACCGUGGCCAAGCGCGCCGAGGAGAAGCAGUGGCUCGAGCGCCGCAACGACGCGCUCGAGGCGACCGAGAAGAAGCUGGAUGCGCGCAUCGGCACGCUCGAGGAGCGCGUCUUCGAGCUGCAGGCCGAGAAUUGGGCGCUCAAGCAGGAGAAUGCCGAUCUUCGCGCUGAUUACGACGGCGUGGUGGGGGAUUUGACGACGUUUAGGAAGGGGACGGAGCGCUUGCUCGAGGGGAUGAAUAAGGCUUUGGCAAAGCCCAGGGCGAAGGAUGUGCGGGGCAGCCCGAAGACGGUGGAGGGAGGACGAAAGGGAGGAGAGGAAGAAGAGGAAGAGGAAGAAGACGAGGACGAGGAAGAGGGCGCACAGGAGACACCGAGGGGGAAGAGGAUCGAGGCGCCCGAUGCUUCGUUAUCCGGGGAGACGCUGAGGACGAGGUCCCGAGAUGGGAACGGUGGAGAGGGGAGGAGCAGGCACCCGCAAGCUGGCGGCUCGGUCGAUCCCAGGUCGCUCGACGCGCUGCGCACCCUGGGCCCUUCUUCGCGAAAUGUGAGUCCCACUCGUGGUCGCCAGAGGCGUCUGGGUGGGAGCGGUGCUGUGACUGCAGGGACCGCGAGCUCAGAUUUUGCAGGUACUGAAAAUGUCGCAAUCCGGCCAUCGAAAAAGAGGCAGCGGACGAGCUCAGAUACCGAGUUGUGA